UGCAGGACCCAGAGGAGAGUUUGAUUGUAUUAAGUGGCUGUGGAACAUCAGGCCGUAUUGCAUUUCUUUUGACAUCCUUUAAUGAGAUGUUGAAAGCCCAAAAACAGAAACAGAUCUGUUCGUACAUCAUAGCUGGAGGUGACAGGGCCCUGCUGACAUCACAGGAGGCUCCAGAGGACGACCCGGCGCUGGGAGCUCGCACACUGGACAAGAUUUGUGCAGGAAAGAAGCAUGUUCUGUUCAUUGGAAUAUCCUGUGGCAUGUCGGCACCGUUUGUUGCUGGGCAACUGGAUUUUUGUCUGAAGCACUUAGACGUCUUUACUCCAGUGCUUCUGGGAUUCAAUCCUGUACAUAUGGCGAGGAGAGAACCAAUGCAGGACUGUUCCUUUCACUUUAAAGACGUUGCAGAGAGGAUGGCUGCAGAGCAGAGACAUAAGAAAGCAUUUGUCCUAAAUCCUGUAUUGGGGGCUGAGGCCAUCAGCGGAUCGUCCCGGAUGAAAGGAGGCAGUGCAACUAAAAUCAUUCUGGAAUCUAUUCUUCUGGCCGGACAUGAAGCUACAUUUAGAGGAAAGAGAACGACACCUGAAUGCAUUUCUGCCUGGAUCACAGCGAGUGAGAUGGUUUAUGAAACUACUUACUCACACAGUGAUGAGCUUGCAGUGCUUAUUCAUCAAGCAGGAGAGAGCCUUCAGAUGAAUGCACAUGUGUACUAUAUUGGAUGGCAAACUCUGGGCACUAUAGGACUGACUGAUGCCAGCGAAUGCGUCCCAACAUAUGGAGCAGAUUUUGAUGACAUCAGAGGUUUUAUCAACAAUGGUUUCAGAGAAAUGAAAAACAAAGAGGGAGAUCUAUCAUUUCUGGGGCCAGAAUUCAUAAUUGGUCACAAAGAUUUUGUGGAGACCAUCUUACCGAGUCUGAGUCAAAAUGACAUGAUGCUGUUUCUGUUUGCAGUGAAUGAUGACCUACACGAGGUGACGGCACUGGCUGAUCAAGUGAGGCGAAGGACAUCUAAUUUGCAUGCAAUUGCUCAUGACCUUGAGAAAUUCAUCAUUCCUAAAACAGUAUGCAACAUGUUUGGAACCGUUCUGCACAUCACAUGGUCUUUUUCUUCAGAGGAGGUGAACUCAGUUGUAAUGAGACAGCGCUGGGAGCUUUCAACUAAAUGGUGUCUUAAUGCAAUCAGCACAGGAGCUCAUGUACUGAAGGGAAAAGUCUACAUGAAUUACAUGAUAGACCUCAGAGUAACUAACAGCAAGCUGUACAGGAGAGCCAUCAGCAUUUUACAGCGGUUCACAGGCUGCUCCAAAAGCAAGUGUGAAAGAGCUCUACUGAGAGCCAUCUACAGUACAGAUGACCUGAGUGAAGACAUGGCAUCAGUAGAUGUGUGGAAACACACAGAUGCGGCUAACAGACGAGAUCGAGUGGUCCCGACUGCACUGGUGAUGAUGCAGUGCGGCUGCACUCUCGCUGAAGCACGGCAUCAUUUGGAUUGUCAUCCUGUGAUUCGAGAUGCAGUGAGCGCCUGCUUCAAUUCUUCGAAGACCAAAAGCACUAUGGACUAAACAACAAAAUAAUGCAUUCUCACUAUGAAGGGGCAUUUUUAAGAUAAUGUGUUUGAGGCUGUGUUGCUUGGCUACUUAUCAGUGACUACAAAUUGUUAUACUCUGUAUGCAUGCUGUGGCCUUUUGUUUUUGUUGAAAUAAACCCAAC